AUGGAAUUUUUCUCAAUUUCUCCCUCGAUUUUUCAUUUUCUUUUGGGUAUUGUGUCGUAUUUGUCUUUUAACUUAACGUGCAAAUGGCUGAAAAAUCCAGUCAUUAAUCAGGAACCCAUCAACUUUUUGCAAAUAAAUGUCGUGACCAACUUAAAAGAAGGCUCAAGUUUUUGGUGCACAGGUGACAGCAAAUCCAAACGAAUCUGCAGAUUUCGUCACCUAUGUUACCAACCAGUUCAAGAUGACUUCUUUUUCUUUCAUGGCCCAGAUACGGUGAUCGAUGGAGUGCCUGAAAACCGCUUCGAUCCAGCACUUUUGGACUUGUCCUCUGUAGACGAUCACAACACCCAGUACUUUAAUUAUGUCGACUAUCCGGUUUCUGCAUUGGAUACCUUUCCUAACAUCACCAUCAUAGAUGACUUAAGCUUAAUAUUUAACAGAUUCAAUGCAGACAAUAUUAUGCACGUUAUCCAUGACGAUCUACUGCCUCUAUUCCAUACACUGAGACAGUUUUCUUGGAGUAAGCCUUCAAUUGAUCUUGGAUAUAGAUUAGUUAUGAUGGAGGGAUGGAACGAAGGGACCUAUUUUGAUCUCUACAAGUUAUUCACAGACAAACCACCACUACUCAAAAGAGAUCUUCAAAAGUCAAAGCAAUUGAUUUGUUUUCAGCAUGGUGUUGUUGGCAUCUCCAAAUAUACAACAUGGUAUCAGUAUGGGUUUAAGGAACCACAGGGAGCCCUACCUCAUACUUCAUUAACAGGACAAUAUGUGCGACAGUUUGUGAUGUUCAUUAAAAGGAGGUUGGGGCUAGACAGUGGAUUAACACGUGCAUCUGAUUCUUCUUAUGUUUUACUUUGUUCAAGGGAACACAACCGUUUAAUAAUCAAUGAACUGGAUUUGUCAAUGGCAAUUUCCAGGCAUUUUGAUAAACAAGUCAUUCAUACUAGCAUGACAAAACACUCUUUUAAAGAACAGGUCCAACUUGUAAGCAGAGCCAGUGCACUUAUUGGAAUGCAUGGCUCAAUCUUGAUUUUGGCAAUGUUUCUACCACCCAGUGCAAAACUUAUUGAAUUGUUCCCAUUUGGUGUCAAUCCUAAUCACUACACUCCUUAUCGUACCUUGGCAAAUUUACCAGGGAUGGAUAUUACUUAUGGUGCAUGGAGAAAUGAAAUUGAGGAGAAUACGGUAACGUACCCACAUGAAGCACCAGAAGUUGGUGGAAUUGUUCAUCUCAGUGACGAGGAACAAGUACAAAUCAGGACAGCAAAAGAAGUUCCAAGGCAUCUAUGCUGUAGCAACCCUUACUGGCUUUAUAGAAUUUAUCAAGAUACCAUUGUUGACGUAAAAUCACUACUACUUGUUAUGCAAACAGUAGAAAAGAAGCAAAGAAUGACAUCUGUAAGGCCAAAACCUGCUUAUGACCAUAAUCUGUAUCCAAGUAAAGUUAUCAAUGACUUGUCAACUUCCAUCAGAGGAGUCACAGCCAGCAUUGUGGUUGUCAUGGAAACCACCCUUAAAUUUACCUUUUAUUGCUGGUAG